UUUCGUUUAAACCCAACACGGAAUGAACAAAGCAUUGUGUCCAAUAUGUCCAGGCCACAUCUUUGUUGGACUUGUAAGGAACAUCAGGUAUCAAUUGUGCUGCAAGCCCAAGCAAACACCAGGCAGCAAUUGUUCUCGGCGGCUCAAGAUGUCGAUUCUAUCGUCCCCUUCAGCAUCGGCCCUACGCACAACUGCGCUCUUUGCCUUUGCGACGACCGAAUGACGACCCGAGCCUCGCAGGCCUAGACCACGAUGGAACACGGAUGGGCGUGACUGCUUAUUUCCCCGCAAGUGUUUGCUGAGCCCCCACAUAUAAUCGCUUGCCAGCAACGCUAAAUCCGUCCUCACUCUUUGCGUGUCAUGGACGAGCCUCCCAUGAAGAAGCUCGAAGAGCUUCCUGGAGAGGAUGUUGCCCAACCCGGAGCUGCACAGGGGACCGUCGAUAGCAAACACAGCCCAUGCCGCGUCAUCAUCAGGACUCGUGUUACCAACAUCAACGGCCCGCCAGAGGAUAGAGCCUACAAUUUGGGCCAGAUAUUUUGUUCGCACGUGCUCAACCGGCAGCUCAGGGUCGCGCCCGACGGCGACGACGAGAACUGCGAGCAGCCGGUUGAUGCCGUGCAUUUCCUCCCGCUAUGCGACUCCCCACAACCAGUCCACGCCUGGUUCAUGUACGAUCUCAACUUUGACCGCCGCCAGCGGGCGCCACAGGACCUUGCGCAGAUUCCGCACGAGGUAUAUUUGUGCUCCCUGAUAGACGGUCGAUGGAUAUUUACUCGACGACGUAUCUGGUCGGAUGAGGCGAGAAAGCGCUCCGCAAGCCACCAAUGGGGAGGGCCUUCGAAAGCAAAAUCACACAUAGCGAUGAAGUGAGAACUAUUGGGUUGUUUGCGCACGAAUCCUUUCCAUUCAACUGGCUACUCAGACAGACAUAACGCGUCGCAUAGCCAACACAAGCGCGGCCCUCGCGCGCCGAUUAGGCUUUGAAGGGCUCGUCGGCGAAGCUGGUUUUGUAGUUUUGCCAAGGUUAGCGGCCAGACCAAGCCGUUUGUCACAUCACCAAAACGCAAUCCAGGUUGCGCUAGGAUCCGAAGCAUUCGACCAUACGCCACAAGAGGAGCGGGUACUCACAAAGUGUUACCGGUCCCGUCGUUGCAGACCUUGCGGCCCUGAACCACGAUGCACUGCGCGCCGGGUAUCACUGUCCUACCGCCGGCGAACUUUUCGGCGUCGUUGGUGAUGGUUCCGUUGGGAUCGGUGACCUUGGCCCUGCCGUUGCCCUUGUUCCUUUGCUGAGGGAGGGCCAGGGCCGUCGCGGCCAUGAGGACAGUGAGGAGCGAUGAGAGCUGCAUUUUGUAUGGGAGGGAGGUGAAGGGCGUGGGGACGCUCGAUGGACCCUAUUAGUUAAAGGAGCGCAAGGGAUGGUGGACCAGCCACUAUGACAAAUAUAAGAGGUGAGAAUUGAAGAUACUCCGGUAUGAAGGCGAGAGAAGUGAAGAGGAGGUUUCCUCAGCGGCGCACGAACAGACCUGAGCUCCACUCCUA